AGAAGAUAUAUCCCCUCUUAAAGUUCCUUUCGCCCCCCGAGGGCUCCCUUGAAAGUUAGGUUGACAAAGCUUGUGCAACUUGCAUAUUCUUGACAUUCGGUGUCUUUAUACUUUUUUUUUUACCUAGGACUAUACGCUGUUCCCCAACCGUCUCCAUCUGCCACAAGGACUACUGGAGUCCACACCAAUUAUGCCUACUGUUCACCUGCUCGACUAUGUAGCUGGAAAUGUCCGCUCCCUGGUGAAUGCCAUAAAUAAAGUUGGCUAUGAGGUGGAAUGGGUGAAGUCUCCGAAGGAUCUGGAGAAUGUGGAGAAACUUAUCCUUCCGGGAGUUGGUCACUUCGGCCAUUGCCUAUCCCAACUUUCUGAGGGCGGUUAUCUAGAACCAAUUAGACGACACAUCGAUUCCGGCAAACCCUUCAUGGGCAUCUGUGUCGGGUUACAGGCGCUUUUCAUUGGAUCCGAGGAAAAUUCCGAAGUGCCUGGUUUGGAGGUAAUUCCUGCUCGGAUGCAGAAGUUCAAUGCCGAUACAAAAAGUGUGCCUCACAUCGGAUGGAAUUCUGCGUUGAAUACUUCAACUGCCAACCAAAGCUUCUAUGGGUUGAGCCCUAGCAGCAAGUACUAUUAUGUCCACUCUUACGCAGCACUCUAUACCCCUGGCCUCCUGGAAAAAGAGGGCUGGUCAGUAGCCACGGCCACAUACGGCGAUGAAGAAUUCGUUGGAGCUAUAGCGCGGGAUAACAUCUUCGCGACACAGUUCCACCCGGAGAAAAGUGGACAGGCUGGUUUGCGGACAAUCCGUGCUUUCCUAGAUGGGGAUCGACUGCAGACGUUUUCUUUGGAACCCUCGCUUUCCUCGGCAAAGAAAGACGGUCUCACACGUAGGGUGAUCGCCUGCCUCGACGUACGUGCAAAUGAUGCUGGUGAUCUCGUUGUCACCAAAGGUGAUCAGUAUGAUGUUCGUGAGAAAGAGGGGGUCAGCACGGGCGGCCAAGUCCGAAACCUGGGAAAGCCUGUUGACAUGGCCAAAAGGUAUUAUGAACAGGGUGCAGAUGAAGUAACAUUCCUGAACAUCACCUCUUUCAGGAACUGUCCGGUUGCGGAUACGCCUAUGCUAGAGAUCCUGAGAAGAACAUCCGAAACGGUCUUUGUGCCGCUCACUAUUGGCGGCGGAAUCAGAGACACUGUUGAUACUGACGGCACUCAGAUAUCGGCCCUGGACGUUGCGACGAUGUAUUUCCAGUCAGGUGCAGAUAAAGUGAGUAUUGGGUCGGAUGCUGUUUUUGCAGCCGAAGAAUAUCACCAGGCUGGCGGGAAAUUAAAUGGAAGGACAGCCAUUGAGUCGAUAUCCAAGGCUUACGGCAAUCAAGCUGUGGUAGUAAGCGUUGAUCCAAAGCGCGUAUACGUGAGCCAACCGGAGGAUACCACGCACCACACAAUUCGGACAAAAUACCCGAAUGGUUUUGGACAGUCUUUCUGUUGGUAUCAAUGCACCGUCAAAGGUGGCAGAGAGGCCCGAGACCUUGACGUACGGCAACUAGCGCAAGCUGUUGAAGCAAUGGGCGCCGGCGAGAUCUUGCUGAACUGCAUUGACAAAGAUGGAAGCAACAGUGGGUUCGACUUGGAGCUGAUCAACGAUGUCAAAUCCGCCAUUAAGAUACCGGUUAUUGCUUCCAGCGGGGCUGGAAAUCCUGAACACUUUGUCGAGGUUUUCCAGGACACAACAACAGAUGCGGCUCUGGGUGCCGGCAUGUUUCAUCGUGGCGAAUACACAGUCAGUGAUGUAAAGAAUUAUUUAGAUGAGAGGGGAUUUUUGGUUCGCAAGUUCGAAGCCAACAGAUAGACUAAUCAUAUUAUCUCAUUUAUUAU